CUGCUUGGGCUCAACAUGACUCGUGGGUUAGAAGGAUUCAAGUAAAAAUAGCAUCUCCGAGAACUCAUGGUGCAACCAGUGGUUCAGUACAACUUUGACAGAAAAUCUCAGAUGUUUCGCCUGAUGAUGGUCUUCCUCCUUCUCAAAGGCAAUGGAAUCUCUACUGUUCCACAUGAGCCGGCCUCUGACAUUGGACUGAGACAAGCAGGAGAUCAUUCACUGGGGUCAUCCUACCCCCUUCACCCUCAGUCCGUGGUGAAGCAUCCCGCUGUUGACCAUCCAUAUUUUGAAGAUCCUCUCGUCUUUGACGCAAGUCCUCAGUUUGAAACCUUUGUUAUUCACAAGUCACAAAGUGAAAGCAGGGAUGCUACCCUUGAGAUGUCCAACCCUGUCCCACAUGAUCUCACGGGAGAUGGAGGCAGAGGCUAUAACGAGGUUGGACAAUCUGAUGUAUGUUGUUCUCUCGAUUCUGGACUUUUAAGGAAUUCUAAUCCACCUCAAAAUAACAGGUACUCAAAGUCAAAUUCAAGUGUUCCCACUCCUACAAGCAUUUCUCCUGGCAAUGAAGUAGUAGAGGGGAGUGGUUUACAUCACCUAGUGCCUGAUCCAGAAGACACCAACCCUGGAUCUCAAAGAAUAAUCAGUAUGGAAUUUGAAGUCACCACUCAAACAUCCAGCAAUAUAGUUACCCCUUCUAGUGAAAAUAAACAAGAAUAUCUGACUACAUCGCACACACCAAGCACUCCUCUGGACCAUGGCUGCAUCCCAACAAAGUCUGAUAAUGCUCUGCAAAGAGGCUUGCCUUCAUCUGAUGGUGUCUCGACCAAUAGCAGAAUGAUGAAUGAGAAUAACAUGAAUUCAGAGGGGACAUCAAACACACCAAUAGCAACAUCUGAGCAACAAGAGCAUUGGCCUAUCCAGUUGACUGAACCAAAUACAAACCAGAGCUCCAAUGACUCCUGGGGUGUUUGCAAGCCAGGAUAUAUCCAUGAGAAUGAAUCCUGCUGGUCUGUUUGUGAAGUGAUUCCUGAUUAUUGUUACAAUGGAGGUGAAUGUGGAGUCAUAGAAAAUGUUGGUGCGAUUUGCAGGUGCAGUGCAAAGGAUCACACCUGGUACAGAGGACAACGGUGCCAGACAGUCAUCACUGAGGUCCAGCUAACGUGCAUACUGAUUGGUGCAUCCCUGCUUGUUGCUCUUCUCUUCUUCGCUCUGAUAGUGACCUUUGCCCUAAAGCUGCGCUCUCUAAAAAAAGCCCAGCAAAGAUUUGACUCCAGAAGCAAGCUGUGGAUUUCCUCGGGGCCCCAAGGAAACUCCUCUUUCACUUCUGAAAUAAGUCAGCAGGGAAAUCAUUCCCCAUUGGCUAGAUGUAGCCCUGACACCCAAUGCACGCCUGUCAGUGAGAAACACCUGACCCAGGCUGAUUACAAUUCUUGCAUUCUUUGGCGAACGGAACGGACGGCAGUUUGAAGGUCAGCAGCAAAUGAGGGUGUGAGGCUCUGCUUCAAGUAAAUCAACCAAUGCGGAAGAUAAAACGUUGAGACCAAUGGAUCAGUAUCCCCUCAAGGGAGGAGGGACAGAACAAUGUUUGUAAGUGUACCUCUGAGUGGUUUUCGGCUUUGGAUUCUUUGGUGAAGAAACUAAACGUUCAUCCCUUCCAGCACCAUCACACUGUGGCUACAGUGUGCACCAUCUACGAAAUCCAGGACAGUUACUUACCCAGGUUACUCCAGCAGCACCACUUAAAACCUCUACCACCAAGAGGGGCAAGGUUAGCAGUUGCAUGGGACCACCACCACUUGCAGGAUCCCCUCCAAGCUGCACACCAUCCUGACUUGGGAAUUUAUAGCCAUUCCUUCAUCGUCACAGAGUCUAAAUCCUGGAACGCCCUUCUUAACACCACUGUGGGAGCAGCUUCCCCAGAAGGACGGCAGCCGACUAAGGAGAUGGCUCACAAUCACCUUCUCAAGGACAAUGUUUUGGCCGUGUUUAUGACUCCCUCUGUCUUCAUAAGAAUUUAAAGUCACAACGAGAGAAGAAUGUGACAAAUCUUUUGUGUCAAUUCAUUAUUGCUUUAUUACUCUUGUUCACUUUAUUCAUACCUGUAAGACCCUGUUGGAUCCUCUGUAACGGCUUUAUCUACCUGUAUGUGAGUUAUUUGAAAUGGUUAGACCUCUGUUCAGUGAAAAAUCAGGAA